AUGGCGCAACAGGUGUUUGAAUUUAUCAACACCAUGCCUGAAAACGUCCCAUACACUCAGUUGAAGGAAGCGUUAAUCAUCCGCACAGCUGUGUCGGAUGAACGCCGAUUGAAUGAAUUGUUUGGGGACCACGAAGUCAGCGACCGCACUCCGUCCCAGUUGUUGCGACACAUGCGGCAACUCCACGGUACCCGCUUACUUGAGGACUCCAUCCUAAUCCAGCUUUGGUUGAACCGUCUCACUCCUCGCAUCCGGGAAGUUUUAUCCGUCGUUUCCAGCAGUUCUUUGGAUGCAAUGGCACUGGCCGCGGAUAAAAUGUUCGAAGCAAACCCAGCUUCGCAACACAUCACCGCUUGCCCCAAUCCAACCCCGACCACCCCUCGCUGUGUUGACAUCACUUCACAAAUGGGAAACAUAGGACUGCAAAAGCAGCAAUGGGUUCUGCACCUUUCCCGUUCAUGGUCAUCCAGCCGCAUCUGA